AUGUAUUCAGACACGUCUAUAUCAGCGUGGAUAUCCAGUUCGUCCCAACUCGCUGCUUCACUCAAACAUUGUAACUUGGGGUUUAAAUUGCAAUGGGAUGAUCACCACAUUCAAGCAGUGAAUCGAGCCGAGCAUUAUCUACGUGUAAUGUCGGCAUCCAAGAAUAGUACUGUGUGUUCAGAAAACGAAUCUAGACUGAUUACUACUACAAAAAAUAUUGCCCAAAAGCCAGUAUUGUCAAAACCUGUAGCAACUACAAAUACUAAAAAUGGCAUAUCAAGUUACAAUCAACAAACAGCUAUAUCCAAAGCUGUACAGAAACGAAAUGGCAGAUUGAUACCCAUACAUACACAAGUCAUGCAAUUCCCAAUUGCACACUCUUUAGAAAAUUCAAAGAUAUCUAAUCAAUCACAGAGCGAAAUGGUCGACUCUACUCUUUUUCCAAAUGUGCAAUCACUAGUACAGCUUGUUAAGCAAAAUCACAAUGUCAAAAAUGCUAUACCCAUACAAUCUAUUCGUUUGAAUAGUUUAAAUUCAGUAGCAGAUUCGAGUUAUUACAGUCCAAUUCAACCAUACCAGUCAAUGAUACUUCCAACAAUAACUCCAUUGGAUGAUAAUCAAAUGACUGAAUUGCAAUCAUAUACGUUGGAGGUUAAGAAAAAACUGCCCGCUCCACAUGGAUGGAUCUUGGUUGUCAAAUUUUCAGUGCUUCAAAAAAUCAGCCUAGCCUACGAACGUUUUGUGCAGGUAACAAAGCAACUGCAGAUUGACAUAGCUGUAACCUGGAUGAUUGAAUCAAUUAUCAAAUUUAUAUCAGAAUACGGAAUUUCCUAUGUGGAAUUAUCGUGUGAGCGAAUCAUCGAGAUUGCUCAGCGACCGUGUAUUUUACCAUUUAAAAGUUCAGAUAUGAUCGAUUGCAUUCAAAAUAUUGAUGAUACCAUGGUGUUUAUUCAACAACCAAAACAAAGAUUUCGUACAAAAAAUGGACAAGAGAUUGCAGCUGUUUCCAUUCAAAAUGCAUAUCGUAGAUACAAAAAAAGACAAGCAAUGUUAAUUGGGAUUGUUAAAAUAAAGGCAAUGCAGAUAAUCCUAAGAGUUUGGCUCAGACUAAGCAAGCGAAUGUCGAUUCAAAAACGGUUAUGCAAGCAAUAUCAAAAUGUAUCGUUGAAGGGGUUUAAACGACUAUGGUCUACUCUCAAGCGUGAUCGAAUUCAAAUCUUUACAUUUGAAAGAACAAUUGUUUACUUGUGCACAUGGUCAUCGGCAGCAACGGAUCCAGACUCGAGGAUUUCUGAUGUGGAUAUUGGACGAGCUCUUGCAAUGUAUGAUAAUAAUGUGGACAUGAUUCUUGUAUUACCCCACCUUAAUCAUGAUCGGUUACAGUAUUUUAAAAGUAUUUUUGACACGUCGGCUUUUCCUAAAAGUCCUAUCGAGUCGGGUAGAUUGCGAUUUGUUGUACCAGAAGUAGCACGGUUCUUACCUAAAUCGUCAUCAAUGGCUGCAGCAUUGUUUUUCAGUUGCAAUGCGAUUGCUCAAAUCAAAACCAUGUGUGCAGGUCGAACAGCUCUUUUAUGUAGCGAUGAAGUCAAUGAAUAUGUUGUGCGAUGUUGCACGGCACUGAAUAUGCCUUACUUUGGCACAUCCAUUGAGUCAUUCAGAGAUCUGACAAGUAAGAGAUCCAGAGAGCGAAAAUUUCUUCGCGACUCAUGUAUUCCGUGCAUCAAAGAGUUUGAAUCAACUGGCGAAAGCGAAACUGAGAUCCUGAAUACAAUUGCAAAAGCUACUAUGCGUCACAAAGAUGUCUUAACUUGGUCAUUAUGGCCGCUUCGCAACAUACAUCACAAACAUGAACAGUGCGAGUCGAGUUGUAUGCCUAUCGGAUUAAUCAGAUCUAUUGAAAUUCAAACAGCAGUCAUGGCAACUAGCAUUGAAAUGUACAAAAAUUCACGUUCAAUAUCUUCGUUUUCAAACCCAAACGUUGCUACCGACAUAUAUUCAACUUCACCCAGCUUAUAUCGUUGUUUAAUUCUUUCUCGUCGAUUUCAAAAAAACAGUUCACCUCAUGAUGAUGGGUUAUCGAUGGAGGAAGCGCAUGCCAAGUUGCAUAUUAAGCCCGCCAUGUCCGCAUCGCCAGAUAUUCCAGAUAUAUCGGUGAGUCAGUUGAUAUCCGAGUGGACACAGUAUGGUGGAGGUGUAAUUCGACAGUAUCCAAACUUGAACGGCGCAUAUCGGAUUGUUGAAGUUGGGAUCUAUAUUGAAUGGUCACUCCAAUGGCGCCUGAUUGUUACAUGUGAAACGAGAGUAGCUGCUGGAAUCACUCAUGGAAUGCUUGUUCCACAGCAAAGCUGUGGCACGGAAACUCUUAUUCGAUACUUGUAUAAGAUUGCCAAGAAGAAAACAGAAUUUGUUGCCAGUCGGCUUAAACCAUAUUUUACUCCGCAGUUGCAACGUGCGUCAACCAUAUUAUUAUCUACUGGCUGUAAAAUCGAUACAACAGGAUAUGGUAUGUCGUACUCACGAACAGGAUUGCCUCUUAAACUCGGUCACUUGGAUGCAGCCAAAUAUUGUAAUAAAAAAAAAGUAAUUGCGAAUUUUAACGAUACGAUACCAACUCGUCCCCAUCGAAUCGCACUUUAUUUUGAAAAUCUGUGGCAUGAUAUUGUUUCCAUCUUGACAAGACGAGGAGCAUUGGCAAAAAUAUCAUUGAACGGAAUCGGAUUUGAUCAAUGGCGAUGUAAUGGGUUCUUGUUUCCAAAAACGGAUCAAAAUGGUCCAAAAUCGCUUCCCAUGAUGUGCAUUGCGAGUAGCUUAGAGGAGGUGCUUCAGCAGUUUUUGGGAGGAAUAGUAUUGAUUGAGCGAUACCUACAGGCCAAUGAUGCAAAAUAUGAAAGCAAUUUUGAAAUACACGUGCGGGUUAUACUGGAUGAGCUGCUUGAACUGAAAAGACACCAUGAUAUGGUUGAAAAUAGUGACAAUAUCCUUGGAUUUAAAGAAUCCUGUACCAGUUUCCACUCAACCUGUAUCCGACCAGAUAUAUAUGCCCAGCCCAUACCAAAGUCAUUAAAAAAGCCAAAAAUUCAAGAUAUCCUUCGCGCACAUAUUGUUCUGCCAUAUGGAGAAGUGUUUGACGCUCAAUCCAGCUCAGUCGAUGAAAGUAUCGAACCUAUGGUGAAUGACGAAAUGGAAGACGAGCCAAGUGAGCCAACCAUGAGUUCGGGUACAAUGCUGUUGCUUUUGGAAGGUAUUCCAUCUGAGCAUGCAGCAGAAGCAGAUCCGACGUUUUAUAAGCCAGUAGUUACACCACCUGGGCAAAAACGAGGAAGGCGAGCCAGCUCCAUUCACUGUGGUAGCAAAUCGUUUGCGUCCAUGGCUGUUUUGGCAGAACAGCUUGAAAAUCAGAAACGUGUAGCAGCAUUGGUGGGGCAGCUAGAGCAAAUGAUGGAUCAGGAUGAAGAUAGUACUCAUACUGAUAUAUCUAAACUUCAAUGGAGCAAACUAACACAUGGGUCAAGCACGUUAGAGGCGUCCAGAUCUCAGGGCCAAGAAGGAAAGGGACGCAGACCAAGUAUUCUCGUAGCGAUUCAACAAACAUCUGCAUUCAAUUUCUCUGGAAAUCCAAAUAAUAUUAUUCGGAUGAAUGACGAGUUGUCAUCUUUUAAAAAAACUUGA